UCCUUUUCUCUCUCUCUCUCCCCCCAGAGACACAACCGGCAGUGGGGAGGCAAACAAGAAGUCCGGCAGCGAGUGACAGCCCUGUGGGGAGACCGUCACCAUCAACCCUCCCAGCUGCCCCACCCCGUUUGCACCCACUCACACACACACACACACACGCUGCUGGAAACUCAACUGGUUGCGUAACGGCUGCCCUUUUAUCUACACCCAAAGGCGCAGGCGCUUCGAAGGAGCUGGAUGUGACAUUCGCACAGGUGGUAAACUCAAGGACCGCAGCUCACAUGGCAACGGUGCGUGGGGUCGCCGCGCAGUGCCCCUCCGACGGCGAGAGCAGCUGCAGCGGAGGCAGCCCAGCCCCCACGGCCUCCAGUCGCAGCGACACAGACCUUGACAGGGAGGAGAAAACUUGCGCCGUGUGCGGGGACCGGGCCACAGGCUACCAUUUCCACGUCAUGACCUGCGAAGGCUGCAAGGGUUUCUUUCGGCGGACCGUCAUCAAGGGCAUCCAGUUCACCUGCCCCUUCACCCGCAGCUGCACCAUCACCAAGGCCAAGAGGCGGCAGUGCCAGGCAUGUCGCUACCAGAAAUGCCUCGUCGUGGGCAUGAGGAAAGACAUGAUAAUGUCAGAGGAAGCUUUGCAUGUGCGGCGUGCGCUGAGGCGGCAGAAGAAGCACCAAGAACAGAGUCCAGCCUCAAUUGAGCCACCUGAGGAAACCGGCCUCACAGCGGAGCAGGAACAGUUGAUUGAAAUCCUCACCGAAGCCCACAAGAAAACCUUUGACUCCAGCUUCUCUCAGUUCAACCACUACCAGCCAGCGGUGCGUCUCUCCAUCCACAGCCAGAGAUCUCAGAGCCCCCAGGAUGCGUCUGUCCCCCCCAUGUGCCCCUACAGUCCUCAAGACCACAUGGAGAGCUUCCCGGAAGAGGUCCUCCCCGAUGUGUUCAACCUCUUGCCGCUCUUUGCCGACAUCAGCACCUUCAUGAUCCAGCAAGUGAUCCAGUUUGCCAAGGCCAUACCGUCUUUUAGAAGUUUGCCAAUCGAUGAUCAAAUCUCACUCCUCAAAGGCGCCACCCUGGAGAUCUGUCAGAUCCGGUUCAACACAGUCUUCAAUGAGGAGACCAAAGCUUGGGAAUGCGGCCAACAUUGCUACACCAUCCAAGAUGGCGCCCUGACUGGAUUCCAGCAGAUCUACCUGGAGCCACUGCUGAAGUUCCACAUCAGCUUGAAGAAGCUGAGGCUACACGAGGCUGAAUACGUUCUGCUCCAAGCCCUGGUGUUGUUCUACCCGGCCUGCGACUUUGCAGACCACGUGGACGUCACACAGCGAGAGGUGAUUGACCAGACCCAAGAGAAAAUCGCUCUAACUUUAAAAAACUACAUUGACCAGCGACAUGCUCUGCCCGAAGGGAGGUUCCUCUACGCCAAACUUCUCCUGUUGCUGACAGAGCUGAGGACGCUGAAAGUCGAAAAUACCCGGCAGAUCCUCCAUAUCCACGACACCCAGGACCUCACCACCAUGACGCCACUGCUUUCGGAAAUUAUCAGCUGAAAGCUUGCACCAGGAGAAUGCUGCGUCUUUCAUUCAUGUUUUGCUUUAGGUGUAAAAAGGGACCUAUGUCCUGGAAGACUGGAUCCAGAAGUUUUCCAAGACUUCUCUCGAGAUCCGGCAGUUUUAGGGAUCUGCUUGAAAGUCAGGCAUUGCUCCCUUCCGCUGCUACCCUGAGCAAAGGGCUGGUUACUUUUGCAGAACUGCAGUCUCUUCCCCCUCCAUCUGCUGCAAACCCAUAUUCCCCCCCCCAACAAUCUAAUCUUCCUUCCACAGCUAAGCCAAUAGCAGCCAACCCUGUUCCUCCCAUCCUCACCCCCAAGCUGAUCCCGGCUUAGCCAAGCAUCAUCUGAGCCUCCUUGCAGCCAACCUUGUCUGAUCCACUGAUCCCCUCUAAGCUCCCCCUGCGCUGCCCCUCGAAGCCCUCUUUAGGCUUCCGAGAUCAUGAAAGCAAAGUCCGACUGCCAGGGCUCCCCACCCACCCCCAGACAGUGAGAAUUUCAGGGCAGCUUUUGCAUAUCAAGCUGGUGUCCUGUGGGAGGAAAAGAGCUCUCCCCCCC